GAUGUGUGUGUCUGGAGUAUAGCCUGUACAGUGUAUCGUGUAGCGCGGUUUGUCUUUUUGUUGCUGCAGUAGAGGCUGUCUGUAGGCGGAAUGUGACACAAUUAUCGGCUGAAGUGUUUUUUUCCUUUCUGGUAGCUUGUUAAUGAAACCGUUUGGGACGUUUGUACUAAUGUAGCUUAACGUUAGCAUGCCCUGAACUCAUCUCGGACUUCUGUUACUAACAUUUAUUCCUGAAAUUCGACUGGAUGCUGACAUUCACUUGGGUGGGGCUGACACGGAUGACAGUAGACGGGAGCAGAGCCCAGGGAUAAACCACACCGCUCAGGAUCAGGGUUAAGAAAGGAGGGGGCGGAUUGUCGGAAAAGCCAUGACCAAGUCCGAGUCGAAGAAAAGCAGCGUGGCAGCAACCAGCGCCACCGGCAAGUGCGCCACAGCCGCAUCCGCCGCCGACCAGGUGAAGAACGGCUCCGUGGAGUCGGGCAGCCCGGAUCAGAGCACUCAAGCCAAAGGCAGUGUGAUGAAGCAGACCUCCAGGGAGAGCCUGCACCGGAAAAACACGGAGUGCGAAGUGUAUGACGACGGGACCAACACCUUUUUCUGGAGAGCCCACACUGUGACCGUGCUGUUCAUACUGACCUGUGCUCUGGUCUAUGUCACACUGUUGGAGGAAACACCACAGGACACGGCCUACAACACUAAGAGGGGGAUUGUAGCAAGCAUCCUGGUGUUCCUGUGUUUUGGUGUUACUCAAGCCAAAGAUGGACCCUUCACUAGACCACAUCCAGCAUACUGGAGAUUCUGGCUGUGUGUCACCGUCGUCUAUGAGCUGUUCCUGAUAUUUAUUCUCUUCCAGACUGUGCAUGAUGGCCGACAGUUCAUGAAGUACAUUGACCCAAAGCUUGGAGUACCCCUCCCCGAGCGCGACUAUGGAGGAAACUGCCUCAUAUACGACCCAGGAAACACCACAGACCCCUUCCACAAUCUCUGGGACAAGAUGGAUGGCUUUGUUCCAGCUCACUUCCUGGGAUGGUAUAUCAAGACUCUGAUGAUCCGAGAUUGGUGGAUGUGCAUGAUAAUCAGUGUCAUGUUUGAGUUCCUGGAAUACAGCCUGGAGCACCAGUUACCUAACUUCUCUGAGUGCUGGUGGGACCACUGGAUCAUGGAUGUGUUGGUGUGUAACGGUCUGGGAAUCUACUGCGGCAUGAAGACUCUGGCUUGGCUGUCGAUGAAGCCCUACCAGUGGCAGGGACUCUGGAACAUUCCAACAUACAAGGGGAAGAUAAAGCGUAUUGCAUUCCAGUUUACACCGUACAGUUGGGUGAAGUUUGAAUGGAAACCUGCGUCAAACCUUCGACGCUGGCUUGCUGUUUUAGGUAUCAUCUUCAUGUUCCUCCUGGCUGAGCUGAACACUUUCUACCUGAAGUUUGUAUUAUGGAUGCCUCCUGAACACUACCUGGUGCUGCUUCGGCUGGUCUUUUUUGUCAAUGUGGGAGGUGUGGCCAUGAGGGAAAUCUACGACUUUAUGGAUGACCCGAAGUUCCACAAGAAGUUGGGUCAGCAGGCGUGGCUUGUGGCGGCCAUCACAGUGACGGAGUUCCUUAUCGUGGUCAAGUAUGACCCCAACACCAUCAUGCUGCCCAUCCCUUUCUUCGUCAUGCAGUGCUGGUUUUUAGGACUUGUCCUGAUCUUCAUCUGGACUCUGUGGAGGUUUUUCAUCCGCGACAUCACACUCCGUUACAAAGAGACCCGCCGACGCAAACAAGAAGCCCCCACAGACCGAGAGCGCCCCCUGGGCAAUGGCAGCGCCUCCACGCCAUCAGGGCGGAGCAAGCUGAAUGGCAGCUCCGACACAGUCCGGCAGAGGAAGUCGUGAAGAGUGACAGCUGCAACCGUCCAGUCAGCUGCAGCUGCAGGGAGAAACAACAAGGUUUGAGACGACUGAAAGAAGCACAUGUAGAGGCAAACAGACUGACACAGGAACGUGCUGUAGACUUUCUUUGUGCCUACAUGAACUGAGUAGUCAUUGAACGGUGAGGAGGGGCUUUCAUUCAGUGCAUUGUAUAGUUAUUGUCUUACUACAGGGAUUUACCUCAUGCUAUUUUUUAAGAAGGUUGGGAAUUAUACACAGGACAACGUACAUUUUUUGUAUUAUUUAUAUGUUAGUUUGGAUGCUGGGUGACGAGGGGAUAAAAAGGAAAAGCUGAAUCAAAGAGAUGUCAAAUAUAAACAUGGACGGAGGUAUUUUGACCAAUAAUGUAGAGCGGUUUUUAUUUUCUCAGCUGCCCUUGUCUUAGAAAAGAAGACAUCUGUAACAUGCCCAGCUCUGUAAAUAGUCUUUCUUCUGUGUUGUUCAGUCACAGCAGUGUAGGUGAGACAAACAGAAAAUUUGGAGCAUUCAGGAGAUUUUGAAGGUCAUUAAUAUUCUGUAUAAAACCCACAUUUUGGUUGCGACAUUGCAAAGCUGCAGAUAACAGCUAAAUUAAUAAGGAUACAUUUCUCUUUUGUUUUGUUAGAAGAUACACAUUUUUGUGUUAAUUUUCAUACAUUAUUGACUGUCGAGAUUAUUGAGAUGAUCAUUAUGAAUGUCUAGGGAUACUGUAUCAGCUUUUAUUUACAGUUCAGGGUUCGCAUUCCCGCAGAGGUCCUUAUGACUACUUGGGAUCCUCCUCUCAUCUUACACAGAAGAAGAAGAAUUGCCCAAAGCCUUUCUUUCCUUUGUCCUUGAAAUAACUGUUUAAAAAAAAGAAAAUGCAAAAGCUGAAGAUGUACUAUAUUCUAGGUAUUUAAAUGUUGAUGUUCUGGGAUAAAGUCUGGGUGAUUUUUGUAGAUGUUUUGUUGUUAUUGUUGUUACUUUCUCUAGUUUAAGUCAAUGAUGAACACUAGAUUGUAUCAAGUCCCUUUUUUAAAGCUAAGGUGCUGAGCUGCACGCUAAUGAGCACCUUGUGACAAUCACACCAUAGGAAGCUUUGCUCCUAUUGGCUGAGACAUGUCGGCUCACAUUCAGCAGGAUUUAGGAUUUUUCUUCGCUUUAACAGGACUGAAUAAUUCUGGGUUUGACUGACGACUCAUUCAGCCACAUCAGAAUGUUAAUUUGAUCUCUGAUUCCUUUUACGCCAAAUGUUUUUAUUUAACUUUCAUUUUAAUCAAAUCAAACAUUGUGCAGUGUCUGAAUGAGCUUGAUUCAGCUGGAGGGGAAUGAAGGUUUAUGUUGAUGUGUGCUCCAGUUUGGGAAACAUUCAGCUCUGUAGAGCUGCCAUAUUGCACAUGCAACAAGCCAAAGCUUUGAUUUUUGUUCUUGCUGAAGCCAUAAAUGCCACCAAGAUUCACCUGAGCUUUUCAAACCGCUGCUAAACCUCAUGUAGAAUUUCAGAAGUCUCAAACCCAAUAGGACCCCUCAUGUCAACAUCCAGAGUUUAGGUUCCAAAAUAAAAACGUCAUGUUUUUAACGGCACCUUCCUCAUUUCUGCAUAUUGAAUGCCUCUCAGUCUUAACAUGGAAACAUCUCAGUGAUUUAUGAGUGUCAUAGAGGUCAAAAAGUUGUUCAAUGUAAAGUUAUUAUAUUUAUCAUUAAGGAAAACUUAACGAUGAUCACUGUCAGAUGAGGCGAUCACAGAGCCAUAAAUUCAGAUUAACAGACAUGACAGACUAAAUGGAGGUAUGCAAUCAAUCACUCAACAUUGUGAUGUUGGAAGGAAGAGGGACAGGGAUAGAUUACACCCAGAAAGAAGACUGUAAACAAACUGAAUAUAGUGUAUAUUCUGAUAAAUGUGUAUUCUGACCUUGGUUUAAACUGGACAAAUAUGUUCUCCAAGACAGUCCUGCUGCAGACCAAUCUUUUCCUGAUGGCCACUCUCAACCGCUUGUCCGAGAUGCCGUAUAUCUAAUAACAGAACACACACCAAAACUUCAGAAAUAAAAUCAGGUUAAAUUUCCGUUUAGGGUAAGGGUUAAGAUAACGGUUUGGAUACCAAAAGUUUAAAGUUCAAAACCAGACCUGCAAAACCUGAUUACAAAAUGUUUAAAAAGCUGAGUGAACAGUCUGCAAACAGGAUAAAAUCUUGUCCUCCAUGAAAACACUCUUACUCAGUAAACAUAGUUUACAUAAUUCCAGUGGCCGUAUAAGCUACAUAGAUAACAAAGCUAAAGCUAAGGUUACAAAGCAGCCACGUAUAUAUAUGUUAUCUGCAUGACUAUGUUAGCUUUAGGAACAUUUUUUAAAGCUUAUGUUGCUAAAGCUAACUUUAGCCAUCACGUUACUAAAGCUAACUAAAUUUGCUUACAUUGGCUUAUGUAGUAACAUUAAUUAUAUAGCUAGCAGACCUAUGUUAAGUUAAGCUAAAGCAAACAAAGCUAAAGUAAGCCACCAUUCGUGUGACUACUUCUAAAACAAGUCUAUACAUAAUCACAGAUAAGACCUCUGAUUUUUUUUUGUUUAUAAACAAAGUUGAAUUAAUAAAAAAUCUACAACUGGAAAUAAGUUGUACCAGCAAAUUACAGCACUUCCUUUCGGAGGUAUUCAUGUAUAUGCUGUAUUUGUACAACCCAACCCAUUCAAAGCUAAUGGUUCCUCGAAUAAAAAUGACUGGUGUUGUCAUUCUCUGACCAGGAUCAUCAACUUUGUAAGGUUACACUUCGUAUCUAAAAACAAGGAAUUAUCCAUAAUUGGAUGCACUCACACCUAGCACCUACAUUUUUUGCCAUGAAAAUGAACAGCAGGUUGGUUGAUAAUGUUUAUAAUAAUUAAAUGUACGCUUUACAUUGAACAACAGAAGAGAUUAUCGCAUUCCAGUCCAAAGACUCACUCGUCCUUAAUCAGCUCCUCAGAAAAUUUAGUCACAUCGCUGUCAGUGAAUAAGUUUGAUCUUUCUUUGUGUUACUCAUUGCGUCCCUUAGGCAGAUCUGCUCAUCUAGCUCUAAGAUGUCCCAUUGUAAAUUAGGCUAAUGUUUAAUGACCAUGUUGUAAAUUUCUUGUGAAUGUAAGUCCAGCACAAUCUGCUGUUCAAACAAUACUCUGGUCAACAUAAAUUGCUUUAUUUUGUUGUAAACACUAAAGUGAUUUGUGUCAUUUAUGCAAAUUAAUUUUGUGUUCAUGCAGGCUUCAGAUGUCUCCGUCUUUCACUUGUCUUUUCUACAUACAGAAAUUCAGAUCCAUGUUAAGCAGAGAUGUCAGAGUUUGCUAUUGUUAUCCUGUGCUGUAAUGAUCCGAGUACUUGUAGAAGUUCAGGCAUUUUGUUUAUUCCCUCCUUUACUGGAAAUUAAGACCACAAACCAGGCUUCAACUUUGCACAUCAGCUCUGAAAUCACUAAAAUUGACUGCAGAAAUUUAACUCCCGAAUGAGCUGUGGAUGGAAACAAAACCUGGCCUCCCCUUAAGAAGAACUGUGCAUAGUAAGAUAUAUUCCCUUGAUUACAUUAAAAUUAGUACAAAGAAACUCACUAGAUUAUACUUUUUGAGGAAAAAUAGAAAUAAAUCCACCUUCAGCCUGCUUUUUGUGCAGUUCACUCUGAGUAGAGAUGUCAAACUGUUGCAUUGUGCUUCCUUUGGACUGUCAUCCUCAAAGCCUUUAAAAAAACUAAAUCCUAGCGCUGUUAGUGAAGGCAGCAAUAUGAAAGAAGUAAAUGUACUGUAAACAAAAUAAGCACAAUGUUGGAAGAGCAAUGCAACCAUUUGUCAUCACUAACCAGAGUGCACUGGACAAUACUGUGAAGUUAUUGUGUAUUAAAGUGUAACAAACCAGUGUGUUUAAGUUUAAAACUACAUAAAAAGAUGAUAGUGUAAGACCUUGUCCUUUGGCCUUUUUGCGGGUUCGUUGUAGUUUGACCUGCAGCCACAUGGGGGUGGUAGAAGCUCUCGAUUAUGAUCAUUCACAACAUGCUGUAAAAGCCAUUUUCAACCUGGUUUGUGUAAAUGUGAACAUGUAAGAGAUCAUAUGAACUGAAAUAUGCUGCUGCACCACAUACUUUUGUAAUGUUUUCAAUAAAAUCUAUAAGAAACCCUGAA